GCGCAGCUCUAGCGCGGAUACUACCGCCAUGAAUACUACAGUAGGGGCUACAGCUUUGGGGCGGUGUCCACUUCAAUUCUAGCCCUAACAUAAUGGGAGAGUCCGAGGGAGAGCCGUCUGCCCGAUUCAAUCAUAUCCUUGCUCCAGUCGGAGGCAAAUCGUAUCUUCUGGGCGGAGAGACGGACAAAUUUGAAGAAGUAUACGAGAGAAAUCGUAUAGCUGGUGUGCUUAGAAUAUUUGACCAUUCAGCAAAGCAAUGGGAGGCCGAUCAUGAUAUUAGUAAGAGUGGCAACGAAAAGCCACCUGGAGUUAGAACGGGCGGAUUUGUUUCUAGAGAAAAAUUCAUCUACUCAUUCGGUGGGCGCGCAGACACGGGCUUCGGGAGAUACAACACUCUACACAAGUUUGACACGGAGAGAAUGGAAUGGAUUGCUUUCCCUCCCAGCGUUAACACGGCUGAAACACCGAUACGGAAGGCCGGAUGCGAACCUGUCAUCAUUGACGACAAAUUGUGUCUUUUUGGCGGUUAUGGGACACCUAAUGGUCCCCUUCAGCCUGACUCAUGUUUCGACUAUGACGAAGGAUUGUAUGACAGGGGAAACACAAAUGAGUUUCAUUUAUAUAGCAUAAAGAAUGUUGCUGUUCCCUAUUGGAUAUCUGGGAAGGUCAGUGGAGAUAGGCCUCCACCGUGUUCCUACUACACCCUGACACUGGUGGACACCAGGAGAGCUGUGAUGUUUGGAGGAUAUACUAAGACGGGGAGAGUAAAUGACGUAUAUAUAAUGACUUUGGAUGGAAUAAAUGUGAACUUUAAGAAGAUGAGAAAGUAUGGUCUGUGGCCCAAGAAACGGUCCAGUCAUGCGGCGUGUGUUCUCAACUAUGACCAGGAGUUUCCCCAGUUGCUGAUGACUGGAGGUCUUGAUGAGAACAUACAGGCUCUUGGAGAUCUGUGGCUACUGAGUGUUGAUCUUGGCAUAUGGAUUAAGGCAUAUUUUUUCUGUGUCAGCUAUAUAGGCUUAGUACAUUGUGCAAUAAUGUUUUAAUACAGAUUCGAGAUCAUGAAACAUACCUGCAUCGAUGGCGACCAAGUAUGUCAUGCGUUUCCUGUGCGGAAAAGACGGCAAGUGUUUUGGUGUUUGGAGGAGUAGACAAAGACGGUCACAAACAAUCGCUCACUACUGUACUGGAGUUCAAGCUUGUUGAUAUCAGUGGAGAAGUGCCGGAGUGGAUAAUGGACGAUGCUGUUGUUCUGGGAGUAACGAGUGUUUUUUCCAAGCCUAUACAAGCUGUUGAAGAUGGUGGAGUAUAUAAUCCAUGCUGAACAAAUCUUAUACGUAAUGACCUUUGUAGUAUAAGCUACACUUUUCUCUUAAUGUAUUAUUUCAUGGGUGUAUAUAGACCAAGAACGUGAUUCACAGCUACAUUACCGCUUCAAUGUUCUAUGAAAUUUAUACAUUUUUUUACAAGCUCAUUAAAAUUAAUU